AAGAACAGAAACGGAAACGCGCGCGUGCGCAUUAAGUUAACGCCUAUCGCGUAUAGUUUUGGCCAUUUGCCAUUUGAAGUGAAUUUCUUUACAAGCCCCAAGCAACUGAAGCAGUCAGCAAGUGACACACAUAGAGCCAAGGUCAACGCAGCUAUCAAAAUGGAAGGUCAGGCCAAGCAAGCAUACUUCGUCAAUGAAGCAUUUAAUAACGAAGAGCAGCAGCAGCAGCCCCAUGGAGCGGGCGGCGGCGGCGGUGUUGGCACGGAUAAUAUGCCACGGCGUCGUAGCAAAGAUUUGCAUUUAGAUCUACACGCCAAAAAGGCACAGGAGGAGCAACUGUCAGCUGCGGCGCCAACUCUGGACUUUGAUGACAUUUUGCCCUUAAUUGGAGAGUUUGGACGGUACCAGAAAAUACUUUUUCUGCUCAUGAUACCCUUCGCCUUCUUUGUGGCUUUUGUUUACUUUACGCAAAUAUUUCUGACACUCGUACCCGAGCAGCAUUGGUGUCAUGUGCCCGAACUAGAUGCCCUCGAUGUGGAAGCCAGAUUGGCGCUGUCUAUACCGAUGGCGAAUGGAGAGUACAACAAUUGCUACAUGUAUGAUGUUAACUAUACGGAAGUGCUAGCCAAAGGCAUGAUCAUGGCAGAUCCCAAAUGGCCGCAGAUCAAAUGCCGUCAAGGGUGGUCCUAUAACUUUACGGAGAUACCCUACUCCACAGUGGCAACGGAGCAGAACUGGGUGUGCGAUGAUGCCGCGCUGCCUACAUAUGCGCAAUCAAUAUUCUUCCUGGGCGCCAUUGUGGGUGGCCUGCUGUUUGGAUGGGUGGCUGAUCGUUUUGGGCGCAUUCCUGCGCUCAUUAGCUGCAAUAUGAUGGGUCUGGUAGCGGGCGUUGCCACCGCAUUUGCUAAUAGCUUUUGGCAAUUUGCAACAAUGCGUUUCUUUGUGGGAUUCGCCUUUGACAAUUGCUUCACCAUGAUGUAUAUAUUAGUCUUGGAGUAUGUGGGUCCCAAGUAUCGCACGUUCGUGGCCAACAUGUCCAUAGCCAUAUUCUUUACAGGCGCUGCAUGCCUGUUGCCCUGGAUUGCUUACUAUGUGGCCGACUGGAAGUUGCUGACAGUUAUAACAUCAGCGCCGCUGCUUCUAGCAGUGCUCACACCACUCGUAGUCCCAGAAUCAGCGCGCUGGCUUGUCUCUCAAGGCAAAGUGGACAGGGCUAUUGGUAUACUCAAGCGCUUGGAGCAGCGCAAUGGACGCAAGGUGCCUGCCCAGACUUAUCAGCAUUUCAGUGACAGCUGUCGACGCUUGCAUGAUCAGGAGCAGGCUCAAAAUGCUAGUUACUCUGUUUUAGAUCUCUUCAAGACGCCGCGAUUGCGUCGCAUCACGUUACUACUUAUUGUCAUCUGGAUGGCCAUAUCUUUGGUAUUUGAUGGUCAUGUGCGUAAUGUGGGCUCGCUUGGUCUGGACAUAUUCUUUACAUUUACGGUGGCCAGCUUCACCGAAUUGCCAGCAGACACGCUGCUCACAGUGACCCUUGAUCGCUUUGGACGUCGUUGGCUAGCAUGCGGCUCUAUGGUGGCCAGCGGUAUCUUUAGUCUGCUAGCCACAGUUGUACCAGUCGGCGUCUACUCUGCAACAUUAGCAAUCAUGGGACGUUUCUUUGUCAAUAUUAGCUACAAUAUUGGCUUGCAAUAUGCGGCUGAAAUUUUGCCAACUGUUGUGCGUGCGCAGGGCGUGGCAUUUAUACAUAUUAUGGGAUAUGUAGCCAGCAUUAUUGCGCCAUUCGUUGUCUACUUGGCCAAUAUAUCCACAGCACUGCCUUUGAUAAUCUUGGGGCUGUUGGGCAUAAUUGGUGGACUGCUAUCGCUGCUGCUGCCAGAGACACUGCAUCACGAUUUGCCACAAACACUGACCGAUGGUGAGGAGUUUGGGCGUGGCCAAAGCAUUUGGGACUUUCCAUGCCUGGCCAAGCAGCUGGACGAUGACGUCGAUAAAUGCAAUGAUGUGGAAGAUAUGCGCUCACAGGCCUUUGUGCGUGGCACACAGACAGGCGCCUCCCUAAACGCCUCCACACGCGGCGAGUUGCGUUCCAGCAUUUUGCGACGUUCUGUGCAAUCGCGUAAUUCCACCAAACUUUAAACUUUUUUAACGCAAGUCAUUAUUAAUUGCUGUAGCUGUACAAGUAGUAUUAAUACAUUAGUUUAAGCGUUUGUGAUAUUAUUUCUAAGCUAAUUUGUUGCCAUUUUGGCCAAAUAAACACUGUAUAACGAGCAUUUUAAACUCGAUUGUAGCGCGCUAGCAAUAAUCGAUGUAUCGAUAGGCAAUCGUGAAAAAUGUGCGAAAGAGAAGGCAGUUGCUUUUUUCUUUUGAAUUAACGGGCGUCAAUUUAUUUGCACUUG